CCUCACUCGGCUCUCGCCGUCCGCCCGGGAAGCAUGGGGCUGCCCCGGCUCGUGUGCGUCUUCCUGCUCGCCGCCUGCGGCUGCUGUCGCCGCGUCUCGGGUGUGCCUGGCGAAGCCGAGCAGCCGGUGCCUGAGCUGGUGGAGGUGGAAGUGGGCCACACGGCCCUUCUGAGGUGUGGCCCCUCACACUCCCCGGGCAACCUCAGCCACGUGGAAUGGUUUUUUAUCCACAAGGAGAGGAAAACACUGAUGUUCCGAGUGCGCCAGGGCCAGGGCCACAGUGAACCUGGGGAGUACCAGCACCGGCUCAGCCUCCAGGACGCAGGGGCUACUCUGGCCCUGACGCAAGUCACUCCCCACGAUGAGCGCGUCUUCGUGUGUCAGAGCAAGCGCCCUCGGCUGCAGGAGCACCACAUCCAGCUCCGGGUCUUCAAGGCACCAGAGGAACCCACCAUCCAGGCCAAUGCUGUGGGCAUCCCUGUGGGCAGCGAGGAGCUUGAGGAGGUGGCGACCUGUGUGGGGAGGAACGGGUACCCCAUUCCUCAAGUUAUCUGGUACAAGAAUGGCCGGCCCCUGCAGGAGGAGAAGAACCGCAUUCACAUUCAGUCAUCACAGAUUGUGGAGUCGAGUGGCUUGUACACUUUGCAGAGUGUUCUGAAGGCGCAAUUGGUUAAGGAAGACAAAGAUGCCCAGUUUUACUGUGAGCUCAACUACCGGCUGCCCAGUGGGAAUCAUAUGAAAGAAUCUCGGGAAGUUACCGUCCCUGUUUUCUACCCUGCAGAAAAAGUGUGGCUAGAAGUAGAGCCUGUGGGAUUGCUGAAAGAAGGGGACCGUGUAGAAAUCAGAUGUAUGUCGGAUGGCAACCCUCAGCCCCACUUCAGUAUCUACAAGCAGAACUCCAACACCAAGGACAUGGAAGAGAAGAGUACCACAGAAAAUGGAAUCCUGAUCUUGGAGCCUGCCCAGAAACAGCACAGUGGGCUCUAUGAAUGUCAAGGCCUUGACUUGGAAACCAUGUUAUCUCUGUGGAGUGGUCCCCAGGAGUUGCUGGUGAACUAUGUAUCUGAUGUUCAAGUAAGUCCUCCAGCCCCUGAGAGCCAGGAAGGUGACAGCCUCACCCUGACCUGUGAGGCUGAGAGUAACCAGGACCUUGAGUUCCAGUGGCUGAGAGCAAAGACAGGCCAGCUGUUGGAAAAGGGGCCCAUCCUCCAGUUGGACAACCUAAAACGAGAGGCAGGGGGAGGCUACCUCUGCGUGGCUUCUGUCCCCAGCGUUCCUGGCUUGAAUAGCACACAGCUGGUUAAUGUGGCCAUUUUUGGGUCCCCAUGGAUGGCAUUAAAGGAGAGGAAGGUGUGGGUGAAAGAGAACACAGUGCUGAAUCUGUCUUGUGAGGCCUCAGGAUAUCCCCGGCCCACCAUCUCCUGGAAUGCCAAUGGCACGGCAACUGAACAAGACCCAGAUCCACAGACGGUGUUGAGCACCCUGAAUGUCCUUGUGACCCCAGAGCUGUUGGGGACAGGUGCAGAAUGCACAGCCUUCAACUCCCUGGGCAAAAACACCACUGUCAUCACGCUGGAGCUGGUCACCUUAACUACCCUCCCACCUGGCUUCAACCAAACCACUGGCCCCAGCACCUCCGCAGUCAGUCCUCACACCAGAGCCAACAGCACCUCCACAGAGAAAAAGCUGCCAGAGCCAGAGAGCAAGGGUGUGGUCAUCGUGGCUGUGAUCGUGUGCAUCCUGGUCCUGGCCGUGCUGGGAGCUGCUCUCUACUUCUUCUAUAAGAAGGGCAAGAUGCCGUGUGGGCGCUCAGGCAAACAGGAGAUCACGCUGCCCCCAUCUCGUAAGAAUGAAUUUGUAGUUGAAGUUAAGUCAGAUAAGCCCCCAGAAGAGAUGGGCCUCCUCCAGGGCAACAACGGUGACAAGAGGGCUCCAGGAGACCAGGGAGAGAAAUAUAUCGAUCUGAGGCGUUAGCUGAAUCAUGUGCAUUCAGCUCCUUCCCUGCCUGGAACGUUCCCGGCUUUCUGCUCACUCUUCUCCCCCAAGCCAAAGCUCCCAGGACAGCAGAGAAGACCCCAGUUCCAGCUCAACUGCAGAUCUGCUCCAGAGGGCCAAGGGCCGGGACCAGAGCCAUCUAAAGGACCUCACUUGGCCUUGGAGGCCCCUUUUCAGGGACCAGCCAGCCCAUCUCAAUGACACUUAUCCCAAGGGGCCUUGAUCUCCCAUGAGUGGGGAGUAGUUUUUCUCCGUAUACAUGCAAUGCUAUAAAUCCAUCUCUAGGAGAAGCUAAGUAGAUUCACCCCUCUAAGCUGGUGUUCUACCUGGGCUGCCUUGAAAGAACUCUGACUGCAGAGGUGAAGAUGCAUAUUGUUCAUGUGGGCUCUGGGGAGAACCUUGUAGACCCAGAGCUGCUGUUCACCACCUGUUCAGUCUUUCCCCCUUUGGGCAGAAGUCUAGUAUCAUUCCUUCACACAGGUCCCUGCAAUAAGGAGACCAGACACUUUCUGAGUGAAAGUCAUGAGCCUGAGACCCCUGUAUUGCUCCCAUGUCCUCAGGUGAUCGUGGGAGACAGAAAGGCUGAUGGCAGGACAAAGGAGGUGGACUGUCCUUUAUGGCUUCACCUGUGACAGUACCAAAUUUCUAUACACAGUAGGUGAUGGGCCUAGACCCCAAGAAGGCCCAAAUGGGAGAAUGGUACUUAGGGAGGAAAACCUGGCCUGGCUAGAUAGAACCUUAGGGUGUGUGUGCAUCUCUAUGUGUGUGUUCGUGUAUGUAUAUAAGUGGUUUUGUUUGUAAAUUUGCAAGAUGUUUUCAUAUAUAUAUAUAUAUAUAUGUUAGAGAAAUAAAGCUUAAUUGUUGCUCUCCA